CAAUGAAGAAAAUGUGGGCCCACUUAUUCCCUCUCCUCCUGACCAUCUUCGUCUUCCCUCAACUCCUGCAAUCACAGGACGAUGAUUUCUCCCGUCAACAUCCUCGGCAGAUCAUUCGCACCGGUCAUGAUCGAUCUGACUCCGAUCCCCAACAGGUUCAUAUAUCACUCGCCGGAAGAGAUCACGUGAGAGUUACAUGGAUUACUGACGACAAACACGCACCGUCGAUCGUGGAAUAUGGAACGGAAAAUGGGAGAUAUGAUGAGAAGGCAAGGGGCGAACACACAUCGUACACUUACUUCCACUAUAGCUCCGGCAAGAUUCACCAUGUCAGAAUCGGACCAUUGAAGCCCAGCACUACCUAUUUCUACAAGUGUGGAGGUUCAGGGCCGGAGUUCUCCUUCAGGACACCUCCUUCCACAUUUCCCGUUGAGUUUGUCGUUGUUGGCGAUCUGGGACAGACUGAAUGGACGGCAUCAACCCUAUCACAUGUUGAUAGCAGCGACUACGACGUGUUUUUGUUACCCGGUGAUUUAUCUUAUGCUAACGGCCACCAACCUCUUUGGGACUCAUUUGGACGGCUAGUUGAGCCACAGGCAAGCAGCCGCCCAUGGAUGGUGACAGAAGGGAACCACGAGAUUGAGAACUUACCCAACUACCCCGACGGCUUCACGGCUUACAAUGCUCGGUGGCUGAUGCCGUACGAAGAGAGUGGAUCGACCUCAAAUUUAUACUACUCUUUUGAAGUUGCCGGGACUCACAUUAUAAUGUUAGGGUCUUACACGGAUUUUGAGGUUGGUUCGGCUCAGUACAAGUGGCUUGAGGCAGAUUUGGCUCGAGUUGAUAGGAAGAAGACGCCAUGGAUUCUUGUGCUGUUGCAUGCGCCGUGGUACAACACUAACACAGCCCAUCAAGGUGAAGGAGAAGGCAUGAGACAGGCAAUGGAAGAGUUGUUGUAUAAGGCACGGGUCGAUGUGGUUUUUUCUGGGCAUGUUCAUGCAUAUGAACGAUUUACUAGGGUUUAUGAUAACGAGGUUGACCCAUGCGGUCCGGUGUAUAUUACUAUUGGUGAUGGAGGAAACCGCGAAGGACUUGCACUAGAGUAUGAGGAGCCUGCUUCUCCUCUGUCGUUGUAUCGGGAACCAAGCUUUGGCCAUGGACGCUUGAGGAUAGUCAAUGAAACUCAUGCAUAUUGGUCAUGGCAACGCAACAAUGACUUAGACACAUUUGUGGCUGAUGAAGUCUGGCUACAAAGCUUAAGCACAUCUAAAGCAUGCUGGGAUAAGCAAGCAGCACCAUCAUCAUUUCCUAAUGAUGAACUCUAAGCUCACACAUACAUGCAUGCAUGAUCAUUCUCCAAAUCUUAUUGUACAGUACGUACUUAAACUGAAGGAUGAGACUCUAAAUAAUUUCUUCUAAUUUGCGUGGAUGCAUGUUCCAUGCCAGGUUAAGUGCUUAAUUAAUGUCUAAACCUUAAUUAAUAGCAUAUUCUUAUUAAUUCAUUGUUCAGUUUCAAUUGUUUAUCAUUGUCAGAAUAUAGAAAAAAUAUUAUAUAUUCCAUAAUUAGGUUGAUACCA